AUGAUGAACAGAUACUCCGAGUUUGAUGGUUUGCGCCAGAGACUUGUGGCUUCGUUCCCGCAUGCCAGAAAUGCACUGCCUGCAUUGCCGCCGAAGAGCGUUCUUUUCAAAUUUCGACCCAAGUUCUUGGAGUCAAGACGCGUCGGCUUGGAGUAUUUCCUCAACUGUGUACUUUUGAACCCGGAGUUUUCUGGAUCACCUAUUGUGAAAGACUUUUUGUUUGGUCGUAUCUGCUAA